UCCAAAUCGCCAUGCGCACCAAUAACAUAAAACCACACCAAAACCCAACCUAAAACUCUUGUAAAACACUAAAAUUCCCACAAUAAAAAAAAACCAUGGCAACCAAAAAACCACCCCCACUAUAGCAACCAUGUCAAUAAAAACCUUUAUAAUUUUGGUAACCAUAGCAACGGAGAUUUCCCCCCUCACCCUCGAAGGCUCCUCCCGAUCUUACAUAAAAUAUUCGCCAUGGCAACAUACGCAGCAAAAUAAUUCACUGCUUUUGGAUUUCUCUACUAAUCAACCGGAUGGUUUACUGCUUUACACGGACGACUCGGGGGAUGUGGACUUUUUCGAGUUGAAGUUGGUCGAGGGGGGGUUGAGGUUGAGGUUCAACUUGGGGGAUGGGGGCACGGAGAUUUUGCAGGUCGGCCGCCACCUGAACGACGGCUUGUGGCACCGCGUGGAGAUCUCUGUUCGAAACGGUGUGGGUCUGACCGUGGAUGGAUUCGUAACCAAGGAAAAGCUUCUUGGGAAGGAGAGCGGGGGUGGCUGGAACAAUGCCAAGGCGGGGGGCGUGUUUGUAGGGGGGCUGCCCACGGAGUACAAUGAGAAAUUGGGGGAUUUGAGCCUUCCGAGCGUCGUUUUCGAACCGAGAUAUCGGGGCAGCGUGAGAAACGUCGUGUUUGACAGCGGGGGUGGGGUCAGGAGCCAGACGGAGGUGGAGUGGAAGGGCCUCAUCUCCACAACCAGCUCCUCCUCCCCCCACAACGCCCCCCACUCCUCCCUUUCCUCGGGGGUUGACGCCUGUGAGCGGCACGACCCUUGUUUACACGGCGGAUUCUGCAUUUCCACCGACAACGGACCACUCUGCGACUGCAAACAUAUCGAUUUCCAAGGCAACCACUGCGAGACGGAAAAACCCCCAAUCUCCUUCACCUUCCACGGUUCGGAACACGUUGGAUACGAUUUCCGGGAAUCCGGCGGAGAACCCAUCGUUUCCACGCUGGAUGAAAUUUCCUUUGGGUUCAAAACACAAAGGCAGAAGUUCCACGGGUUGUUGUUUUACUCGGGCGACGGCGUUGACUACCUCGCGGUCACCCUGCGCGACGGCCGGAUCACGAUCUCGAUAAAUUUGGGGAGCGGUCCGCUGGAUGCCAAAAUUCACCCGGAUCAAUUGAGGUUCGAUGAUGGGGUCUGGCAUCUCGUGAGGAUCCACAGGAAGAUUCAGGAGAUGUCCAUGACGACGUCCCUCUGUCACAUAACGGCCUCCGUCGAUGGAACCCAUUUCGACCGCUGGACCCUGGCUGGGUCCUUCACGCUCCUCUCCUCCAACCGCCUGACGAUCGGCGGCUACGACAUGAUCCGCCCCUUGCCCGGCAUCAAAGGCGUCACCAAUUUCAUCGGAUGCAUGCGGAAAGUCGAGUAUCGUGCGGAUACCUUGAGGCUGAAUUUGCUGGAAUUGGCCAAAAAUGGGAAUAAAUUGGUGUCGAUUAGUGGGGCUAAUCGGUUUGGUUGCCAUGACAAUAAUAAUCCCGUGGGGGUGGAGUUGUUCAGUGGUGGAGGGGGGGUGGUGACGAGUUCCGUGGGUGGGGCGGUGGGUGGGGUGGGCAGCGCGGAGAAUGUCGUGAAACACAUGAGCGGAGCAACGGUGACCUUCACAACUCCGGAGUCCUUCCUGAUCAUCCCCAAAACGUGGAACAGUUCGAAAACGUUUUCCGUUUCCCUGAAAAUUAGGACCACGGAACCCAACGGAUUAUUAAUUUACUCCAAAUCCGGAAGGACCUUCUUCUCCCUGGAAAUGAUCUCUGGCCACAUUUACGCCCACAUCUCGACCACGCCCACUUUGACCCCCACCACGGGCACACUCCCUCCCGCGCACCACCUCCGGAUCCCCGCCACCACGGACCCCAUCGACGACGGGGAGUGGCACCAAAUCCGUUUCCAACGCAACGGUUUACGGUCCGGCUCCGUUUCCGUGGACGACGUCGCCACGGAUUUCAACACGAAAUGGACGGAGCUGGAAUUGGGGGAUUUUUUCGUGGGGGGCGUUACCAUGGAUAUCAAUCAAGAACAAGUUUGGUCGAUUAAUCUGAAGAAUGGGUUUGUGGGGUGCAUGCGGGGCUUGGUCGUUGGGGAGCAAAUGGUGGAUUUGGGGGGUGUGGCGUUGGUCCAGGAUUUGGGGAGCGUGAGGGGGGGUUGCCACGUGGGCUCCGCUGGCUACUGCGCCUCCAACCCCUGUCAAAACUCUGGCCGUUGUCGGGACGGAUGGGGGCGGUUCAUUUGCGAAUGCGGGGGCAGUUUCCAUGGCGUCGUUUGUCAGAGGGAAUCCACCCCCCUGACCCUGGACGGCUCCACCCCCCUGACCCUCCCAUUACCGUCACCCCCCACCCCCCAGGAAUCCCACCACGUGACCCUCCGUUUCACAACCCCCCGAGCCAACGGGAUCCUCCUAACCCACACCGGCCCCACGGAUUUCAUCGAAAUUUCCCUCGAACACACCCGCCUCAAACUCCGAAUAAAAAUCGCAGACCGUGAAAAAACCAUGGUAACCGGCCGGGACCUUAACAACAACCAAGAACAUUUCCUAGUAUUUAAUCGCCAUGGCAACCUGCUAAACUUAAAAUUAAACGACAUCCCACCGGUUUCCAUGGAAAUCCUAACAAGAAAUUGGUCCAUGCUUUUAACUAAAUUAACCCUCGGCUCCAUGACAACGCCAUUUUCUGGGAAAAUCCUACAAUUAAAAAUUAAUGGGAUAAAUUUCAUGAAAAACUGGAAAAAAUCGUUGCCUAGCGACGCGUCGCAUUUAUUGGAUUUCGUUGGAUUGCCUCAAAUGAGGAUUUAUUCCCAUGGAGACGUGUUUUUUAGUUUUAAAUCCGUGGAGACGGGGGUGGUUUUUUACAACGGGGGGAUUAAUGUUGAUUUCGUUGCUAUGGAGAUUGGGGGGGAUGGGGGUGUGGUAUUUUCUUGGGAAAAUGGGGGUGGGGGGAGGGUGUUGAAGAGUAAAAAUGUGGGGUUAAAUGAUGGGAGGUGGCAUUUCGUAGAGGUUUCCAUGGAUUUUGUGGGUGCAAGUGGUGGGGGUGGGGCAGGUGGGGUGAGAAUGGGUGUGGACGGGGUGUGGGUGGAGUUUGUGGGUGGGGCGGGUGGGAAUGGGACGAGUGGCGGGGGGGACUUUCUCGAGCUCAAUGGGGUGCUUUAUUUGGGCGGCGUCCCACCCUCGAUGCAAACCUCGAUAAAAACCAAGACAACGAAAGGUUUCCAUGGUUGCGUGGGGGGGUUGGAAUUUGGGGGGGAAUAUUUGAACCCCUUGACGGACGCGCUGGUCAACGGGGGUGGGGCCCAAGGGGGGUGCAACCAGCUGGACGUCAAAUCAACCGACUUUUGCACCACGGACACGUGUCAAAACGGGGGGAUUUGCUCCCCAGGAAAAAUCAUUUGCGAUUGCGAUUUGACCGGGUACACGGGGGUGGACUGUUCCCUUGAAUCCACCACCUACCAAUUCACGAGUGGCCACCUAAUUUACCGCAGCCCCGCCCCACCCACCUCUCCCCCCACCCACUCGCUCGCCCUCCUCCUGGCAACCACAAAAACGGACUCCCUCAUCCUAAAAAUCGAGUCCCCAACAACCACGGAUUAUUUAGAACUGUUGCUAAGCAACGGGAAAAUUAAAUUAAAAUUCAAUUUCGAUGGGAAAUCGGACCACGUCCUGAGCAUGGAUAAAAAAAUUGCGGAUCGUAAUCUCCACGUUGUCAAGAUUUUAACGAGUUUCCAUGGUUUGAGUUUGGUUGUUGACGGGGAGGAGGUGCGGAAAAGGGGGGUGGGGAAUUUGAAUGGGGGUGUGGUCCUAGUCGGGAAUGUUCCCAGUGGGGGUGGGGACAAGAGGCAGUUUAAGGGAAUAAUAUCCGGCUUGGUGUACAACACGCACCGCUUGCUGGACAUGGCUAUCGAUCGAGAUCCGCGAAUUCGUAUCCAUGGCAACAGUGUUCAUCCCGUGGCGUCCAUUAGCUCAGUUAAUUUCCAUAGCAAUAAAGUCGUCAAUAACGACGAGGAGGAGUUGGCCUACAUGCAGAAGACCACGGCCUCGCACUCCUCCUCCUCCCCCCACUCGUCCUCCCUCAACGACGACCUCCUAAUCACCUCCGGGGACACGAUAAAAUGUUCGAGUUACCAUAGCGACGACGAGGACUGCGAGAUCCUCCAAUCCUCCGGAAUGUCCACAUCUUCCGAUGAUUUAAUCACCCCCGUUUACAUCCCAUCCCCCAAACCCAAAACAACAACCUCCGUUGCCACGACAACCACAACGACACAAAAUAAUAAUAAAAUCUGUAACGAUGACGACGAGGAUUGUUUCCAGGGGAGCGGCGAUACUAUAACAACGACGACUAUUAAAAAAAUAAUCCCCAUAGCAACCAGCACAGAGUUAGUUACUAUCCCGAGUACUAUAACUACCACGAGUACUACAACGACUACAACAAUACCAACACCUACUUCUACUUUGUUUAUCCCCCCGCACCCCCCUCCCUAACACCUAUUCCAUUUCCUAAAGGGAGAGAUUUUGAUUUUGAUAAUAAUAAUCAAUUAACUACCAUGACAACCAUAACGACGACGACGGAUCAAACGACUAUAUAUUUAGCGGACACGGCGGGCGAUAGUACUUUAGUCAUAAUUAUAAUUAUUGCCGUGCUGAUGAUCAUUAUCGUGUCGAUUUUGAUCAUUUUCUUCAUGUGUAAGAGGAGGGAUGACCCGAUUUAUAAAGUUGCGGAGGUUAAGUUUAAUCAACAGCAGAUGAUGCAACAG